CUUGUCCAUAAUUUUCAUAUAUCAAAGAUACUACUCAUUAAGAAUAUUAAAAUAUCAAUAUUUAAAAAAUAUUCAAGCUAUUUUUAAUUAUUUAAAGUUGUUUCUUAAAAUUUGUUUAUAGAAUAAUUUAGUAAUAAAUAAAUAAUAUUAUUUAUUCAAUUCUCAUUAUAACUAGCUGAUAUAUUAUAGUAAAGUAGAUUUUAAUUCAAAGGUUUAAAAAAUAUAAUGGAUAUUCAUUUUUAAGUAGCAGACAAUGAGUUGUACCUAUUAAUAUUGAAAUUUUUAAAAGAGAGAGGAUUAUUUAAGUCGUAUAUAGCUUUAGAAACAGAAACCAAAACUAGUUUAGUAAAGUAUCCAUCUGAACUAGCUAUCUUAAGAAAACUAAUUUUAGAAGGAGAAUUCGAGGAAAGCGAAUAGUUUUUAGUUCCUUUUAUUGAAAAAUUUUCUUUUAAAAUGAAUCCAGCGAUGUACGAAAUUAAAAAGCAAUAUUUUUUAGAGUUACUUGAGAUUGGUCCUGAUUAUUAGAUUAUGACAAGAUUGUUAAAAUCUAUUUAAUAGUUUACAUCAAAAGAGAAUUAUAAAAGACUUUUUUUUUUAUUGAGUAUUGAAAAUAUAAAAGAACACCCAGAUUAUGCAAAUUGGUCUCCUGAAAUGGGUAGACUUGAGUGCUUUGAAAAAGUUAAAAAUUGUAUUGAAGAAGUUUACAAUUUUGGUUAAUAAGAUGAAAAUAUAAUCCAUAAUGAGUUACCUUAGAUUAUAGAAAAGCUAAUAAACAACGAAUUAAAGGACAAAUAAAAAUUUGAAAGAGUGAUUAGUGAGUGCUAUAAGAAUAAUUCUAAUUAACUAUCUAUACUAGAUGACUCUAUAAUAAGUUAGUCUGCUGCUAAAUAUAAAGUAAACUUUUUUUCAGAUUAAGAAGAUAAGACUCCAGCAUUUGAUGCAUAUAAAAGUGUCAAUUUUCCUUUUUAAGCAAAGUAGUAAUAGUAAGGUUAAAGGGUAAAUAUUUAAGGUUAAACAUCUGUCACUCAAGCUAAGCCUUUCUUUAGUGUGAUUUAAAAAAAUAAUAAAAUAGAAAAUGAAAGUGUUUUAAAUUCAUAACUUCAUUAAAGCCAAUUGCAGCAAAUUUAAAAUGAAAUAAAGAGAAAUGAGCUAGAUUUUAUGGAAUUGGAUGAGAGUUAAUUAGAAGAAAGCCAUUAAACAGAAUUUUUAGAAAAUUAUUAGAAUAAAAUUAGGUAGCAGCCUAACAGGUCUAUGAUAAAGGGAUAAAAAUUGCUAGCUUCAAAUAAUAAUCCAAGCAUGGAUGGCUCAUCUUAUUAUUAUGGUCCAGGUUUUGUGUAAAGCGAGCAUUUAGGAAAUAACUAAAACUGGGAUAGUAAUUAUUACAGCUAGUCAAUGCCUCCUCAGUAAUAAGUUUAAGGAUUGAAACCUGUCUCAAAUAAUAAUUAAGGUGCAGGCAAGAGCUAAGCUUUAACCCACUCUUAAUAAUCUGAGCAAGAGAAAAAACUACAAAAUUAGUUGCAUCACCUAAUAAAAGAAAGUAAUAAUUCUCAUCAAGCUCUUCAUAAAAAUUUAGAAAAUAGUUUAUAGAAGUAGUAGUUGUUGUUGUAAUAGCAAUAAUAAAUCAAUUAGCAAGAAAAAAAAGCAUCUCUUUUAUUUAUAAAUCAAUAAAACCAAGAGAAUAAUGUACCAGCAGAGCUCUUAACAGUCGAUUUAGAUAUGGUUAAGAGCUCUUCUGUGAAAAACAUGAAGAGAAAACAGCUCUUCUUUCAUUACAGAAAUAAAUAGAACCAUAAACAAGAUAUUCCUUUCAUUAACUUUUAAAAUAUUAAUAACCAACAAGGAUCAGAAGAAGAUCAGUACACCAACUAGAAUUAAGAAGGUGAGGAUUAUGAUGAAGACCAGGAAGAUGAAGAUAUAGUUAACGAUGAUGAUGAUAUACAAGAAAAUGAAGGAGAAGAAGAUAAUGAUGUAUACAAAUAAUAGCAUCAUAACUAGUUAAAUUUCUAUAGAAAUCAAGAAAAUUAAGAAUAAUCAUAAGCAGAAUCAAGAAAUUUUGGAUAUAACUAAUCUGAACUCAUAGAUGAACAAAACUAAACUAUUUAGAACAAAGGAAAAUAAUUUUAUGGUGGGGAUAACAACUAAGAUUACGAAGAGAGAACUAAAAAGUCAUCAAAUAAAAGUAACUUGAAUUCAUUAAAUUAAUCUGCCGCCUCUACCGGUUCUAAGCUCAGAUAGUCAAAUUAAGGUAUUAAUUAGCAUAAUUUGAGCGAACUUGGUGCUAAAAUUUCUUAGUAAUCAGCUUAAUCUUCUUAAAUAAAAGAAAGUGGAGUUUCUUAACACUCAAAAAAUAAAUAAGGUUCUUCAUUUAUAAAUAACCCAUCUAAUACUGGCAGUGCUGUUUAAAAUUAAGGAUAAGAUUAGGAAGACUUUUAAUUAUACUCAUUUCCAAAAGAAUUCUUCAAUUAAACAACAGAUCUAAGUAAAUAAGGUUAGUAUAGUUAAGUCAAGCAGCCAUAGUAAAGCAAGAGUUAAACAUGGCAGCAUAAUUAGUAAACAAAUAACUUAAACUAUCAAGGCUAAUUGUAAAAUAAAGGAAACUUCUCUAAUACAUCUCACCAGAAGAAUCACAAUUAAAAUCUUUAAGAAUCACAACGCAUUUUUUCUUAUGAUUAUACAGAAUUAAUUGAAGUUUGUUAGAUUCAAGAUAGCCAGCCUAUAAGAACGGCGUAAUUCAGCCCUGAUGGAGAAUUUUUUGCUUUAGGAACAAAUUCUAAAUCUAUUAAAUGUUUUUCAAUAAAAGAAAUAGUUAAAAACUACAGAAAAAAUGAAACGUCUUUUCCAAUUUGGGAAAAGAAAAACCACCAUGAUGGAUCUAUCUAUACUAUUGACUGGAGCAAAACAAUAGGAGAUAAAUAAUUUAUAGCCACUGGAUCUCUUGAUAUGACUAUUAAAGUAAUCAGAGUUCCUACUUUCUAAAGUGAAAAUUUAGAGAAAGAAUUCAAAACAGUAACAUUAAAUGGACAUAAAGGAAUAGUAAGAACUCUAAGAUUUCAUCCAGAUUCAACUUAAAUUUAUUCUGCUGGACUACCUGAUACUUCUAUAAUGAUUUGGGAUUUAGAAAAAAAAUGUCUAUUAGGUAAAUUAGAUGGUCACACAAAUGCUAUUAAUUCAUUAGAUAUAGACGGUGAAGGCAACACAUUAGUUAGUGUAAGCAAAGACAAUACUUUAAGAGUAUGGGAUUUGAAGGCCAAUAAAUAAAUUAGAUGCAUCGAUUUAACAAAUAAAAAAUACGACUAACUAAAUUAUGUCAAUCUCAAUAAUGGAUUUAGUAACACAAAUCUUAAAAAUCUUCUUAAAUUUUCGAAAAAGCAAAUCAAGAGUGCAGUAAAUGAAAACACAGCUUGUGUUGCACACACAAACGGUUUAGUUUCUGUUUGGGACCUCAAUAACCCUUCAAGGAGCCUUUAUGAAAUAAAAAAUCAUACAGCAGAUUGCAGGUCUGUCGAAUUUGAUCCUACAGGAAAUUACAUGAUAUCAACAUCUUUCGAUAAAUCUAUAUGUAUUUAUAAUAUUGAGGAAGAGAAAAUAGUUACUAAGAUUAACAAUCAUUCUGAUAGAGUUGUUUUGAGUAAAUUCCACCCAUUCUUUCCAUUUGUUCUUUCUACUUCAGCUGAUUCAACAUCUAGAGUAUUUGCACCAAGCGAGUUCAUUAAGAAUUUCUAAUGUUGA